AUGAAAGCCACGUUUCAAGUUCCGUCCAAUGUGAGACAAACGCGUCACGUGGUCGCGCGGUCGCGUGGUCGCGCGGUCGCGUGGCCGCGUGGUCGCGCAGCCGCGCGGUCGCGAGGUACAAGCGUGGCGCUGCAGGUGGCGGGCGUGGCGGGCGAGCUGUGGCCGGCCGUGCUGCCCGCGCUGCCGCACGCGCAUCUGCGCUACCAGUUCAGAGGCAAACCAAAAUACCCCACACAGUACAGAGCACGACACAAACAGACAACACAUGGACUAGAGGCGCGUGCAUGCAACAGAUCGUUGAUUUGGAAUCUC